CGGUUGUGAGUUGUAUAAUGUAAUGCGGUUCAAAGUAAAUCGUUCAUAGAGAUAAAAGAAUCGCGUCACCGUUUCACUUGAUAACUUCGACUCUGCCUAAAGCCACUGUCCAAGUGGAGCCAGAAUCCGCAUCCCUCCAGUCCUCCUUAAAAUUGAAAGUCGUUCCUUUCUUUCUUUCUUCUUCUUCUUCUUCUUCUUCUUCCCGAUUCAAAGUUGAGACUCGCAGAGAUGCCCAACGCUCAAUUCUCACCGACGAUUCAUUCCAGUCAUCUCUUCUCUACCAGAAAUCCCACUCUUCUUCACUAUUCUUCGGCUCUCAAGCCAUGCGAUCAGCUCAGUUUCUGCAUGGCCUCUCGUACAACAACUUUCACUGCGAGACUCAAAGCGAUUCCUUCUGAUACUCACAGCAAAACAUCAGAAUUGGUUAAAGAAAUUAAUUGGGACAACCUUGGACUCAGUCCUGUGCCCACUGACUAUAUGUAUGUAAUGAGAUGCUCUGGAACCGACGAGUUUUCAGAUGGUGAGCUACUUCCUUUUGGGAAGAUUGAAUUGAAUCCAUUCUCUUCUGUCUUGAACUAUGGCCAGGGAAUUAUUGAAGGUUUGAAAGCAUUCAAGAAAGAAGAUGACUCGGUUGUAUUGUUUCGUCCUGAGGCAAAUGGGUUACGAAUGAGAGUGGGAGCAGACAGAAUAUGCAUGCCUGCACCAACUAUUGAUCAGUUUGUGCAAGCUGUUAAAGCUACUGUUUCAGCAAAUAGACGAUGGGUUCCCCCUCCAAAUAAAGGCUUUUUAUACAUCCGACCUCUACUUAUAGGCAGUGGAGCAGUUCUUAGUCUUACACCGUCUCCCGAAUUCAUCUUUUUGAUUUAUGUUACUCCGGUGGGGAAUUAUUUUGAGCAUGGUGCAGAACCAAUUAAUCUAGUCAUUGAGAAUGAUAUUCAUCGUGCAGUUCCUGGUGGAGUUGGAAGCAUAAAUUCUAUAGGGAAUUAUGCGAUGGUUAUGAAGGGACGAGCUGCAGCUAGAGCAAGUGGUUAUCAUGAUGCUUUGUACCUUGAUGCAGUUAACAACAAAUAUCUUGAAGAAAUUUCUACAGCUAACAUUUUUGUACUGAAGGAUAAAACAAUAUGUACUCCAGCAUUGGGAGGAACAAUUUUACCAGGCAUUACACGGGAAAGUGUUAUUGAUAUUGCUCGCAGGCAAAGGUUUCAGGUAGAGGAGAGACUUGUAUCAGUUGAGGAAUUAUUUAAUGCCGAUGAAGUUUUUUGUACGGGGAAUGCUGUUGGUUUAUUGCCAGUGGGUAGCAUUACUUACCAGGGUAAAAGGUUGUCCUUCAAGGAAGGUGGAGUUGGCACUGUAUCCAAGCAGCUCUCUUCUGCUCUUACUGAUAUACAGAUGGGCCUUACGGAUGAUAAAAUGGGCUGGACUGUGGUCUUGAAGUUGGAAGAGAAGUGACAACAAAAAUGUAAUUUCUGGAUACAUAACUAAUAAAAAAUUGUAGGUUUUUUUUAAUUUAUCAGUUCACCUUGAUUUCAUAAAUAUCUCCAUUUUUAUGUUGCA